AUGUUUCCAGUCCGAGAUCACACGGUGUGCGGCCACACCACGGUGUGCGGCCACACCACGGUGUGCGGCCACACCACGGUGUGCGGCCACACCACAGUGUGCGGCCACACCACAGUGUGCGGCCACACCACAGGGUGCGGCCACACCAGGGUGUGCGGCCACACCUGGUGUGGCCCCACACCGUGGAGAGGAGCACAGACCCCGCCUGCGGCCUGUGAGCGGCGUGCGGCCGGGCGACGGCGUGCCAUGGCGCCCAGGCUGCGCAUCGUGUUCGGCCUCCUGGCGGCCGGCAGCCUGCCCCUCUUCUACCUGAUGAGUGUGAGCCUGGAGGUGUGGACCCCCUGGCACAUGGACCUCCUGGGGCGGGCCUGGCGGAUUUCCACCCGCUCAACGACUUAUUUUUUGUAUUUUGCCCCUUGCAGCAUUCCAGGAGAUCGCCUGGGGCCCCUUCGGCUCAACAACAGUCUCUUUGGCCAGGACCCCGGGGCCUCCAGUGUUGACCCGAGCACUGUGGCCCCAGACCCGUCCAGUCCGGGGCCACCGCCGUCCACCACUGCUGCCGCCGGCCAGCCGCCGGCCAGGGGGCCGAGGGUAACCACGUCUAGACCAGCCCCCAUUGAGCUCACUCCCAGGGUGCUGACCAGGGGGCCGAGGGUAACCACGUCUAGACCAGCCCCCAUUGAGCUCACUCCCAGGGUGCCGGCCAGGGGGCCGAGGGUAACCACGUCUAGACCAGCCCCCAUUGAGCUCACUCCCAGGGUGCUGACCUUCGAGGAGGCCUACAUUGGAGAUACGUACAGCAGAGAAGACAUCCCACCACAGACAACCUGCCCAGAUUCCAUCGCCAGGAAGUGGUCGUCAUCCGGCUUUAAUGGCAGUUUCCUGGGGACCGUUCCGGUUCUCCAGUGGGCCAAGGACGUCACGCUGCUCCAGCACCAGCGCCUGAAGCAGUUUCACGGAGCCUACGGAUGGUCCUCGAUGGAUUAUGACUCGCUGAAGGCCACGCUCUCCGUCCUCAACCUCACGGCCAACCACCAGAUGUUUGACGACUGGGAGCGCCGACGGAACGGCUCGCAGUGCAUCCGCUGCGCCGUGGUCGGCAACGGGGGGAUCUUGAAGGACUCCGGCAAGGGGCCCGAGAUCGACGGCCACGACUACGUGUUCAGGACGAACGGGGCUAUCCUUGAUGGUUUCCAGAAGGAUGUGGGCACACGCACCACCCACUACACCUUCUCCACCAACACUAUGAAGAACUCCAUGGGGGGCUACCGCAGCGCGGGCUUCAGGGGGCCACCGGUGUCCAAGGAAACGCGUUAUGUCUUCCUUCCAGACAAUGAUCGGGACUACCUGAUGGUGAAAGCUGUCGCCACACACACACCGGUGGAGCGAGGCCACGAUAAAUCCAAAACUCCACCAAAGUACUUCGGAGAGGAUGCGACGGCGGAGAAGCUAAAGAUGUAUCACCCAGACUUUGUCCGCUACCUCAGGAACAGGUUCUUUACAGCCCAAACACUGAAGAAGAGAUACAGGGGGAUCUUCCGUCCGUCCACGGGAUCUGUGAUGCUUCUGGCUGCUCUGCACACCUGUGACCAGGUCAGCGCCUAUGGCUUCAUGACGCCCGACUAUAGCAAGUACUCGGACCACUACUUUGACAAAACCUACCACAAGGUGAUAUUCUACGCCAACCACGAGUUCCGCUUGGAGCUGGAGCUGUGGCAGCAGCUGCACAAGGCUGGCCUCAUGCGGCUGUUCAUGAGACCGUCGACCACGGGGAGCCCCUGACCAGCUACACACGGCCCCCAGAGUAACGGGACGGGGUAAUCUGGGGGCCGGAGGACCUGGCGUUUUUAGGACCGAUUGGGCAAAGAGCACUGAGGGUUUUUUUCUCUCAAAGCUUUUUUUCUAAGAUUUUUUUAUUUGGCUUUCCGUGUACGGCGUAAUAAUUGUGUUGGUUUUCUCGUCAAGCUAACAGGUAAAAAUGUAGACUUGAUGGGAAACCACAUUGUGGCUGAUUGCCUUGACCGAACCCUGUCUCAGACGUUCUCCUCCAGUCAUUCUGUGUGCCUUGAAAUUCAGAAGAAAAAGUUCCAACAGAACGGUCUUUUAUUUUAAAAACUUAAUUUAUUUCUGUUUUAAAGCAAUUUCAUUGGUGUGUAGUCUACGAUGCAAACUGCAUUUUAAAAACAUUAUUUUACAAAUGACUCUGAGGAUCCUCCUCCCUGUGGCGUUAACUCAUGGAGGGAGAAGGUGCCGUGUCAAGCUGUGGUAUUGUGGAGCUGGGGGACAUAUUUUAACGGACUGAAGAUGUUUCCCCUGACAACACCGGGAAAAAGCGUCCCUUUCUCUCAUGGCCGAGCAGGGGGGUUUCCAGGGACAACUCUUGCAGGGAGCGUUGGCGGCGGCACCUGCGACGACCUCGCUGAAGAACGCUCGUCUCCUCACUGGUGGACUGCAGAUGAGGUUUUUUUGUGCUGCGAAACAAUAAUAACGGCGCCUCCGUAAAAUAUACUGCAUAGAGUUUGUCCUGCCAAAGACACUCCGCGAAUCAGGGAACUUCUUUUUUAUACUGUUGAAGGACUUUCUGGUGUUGAAUCAAUGGGUGAUUUAAGGGCUAAAAACUUAGACUGGCAUUGCACAAUUUCUGACUGUGAUUUUGAUUCCUGAAAUUUGUUUCCAAGUAAAAGGGUGACCUCCGACCUGCUGGGGUUCACAACAGGUUCAA